GACACCGACGAUAAGGCAUGGCUACGCGGAAGCUUCAACAGGAAGGCCAGUUUAAAAAGCAGUAAGAAAGAAAAGAAGUUGUAGAAGCUAGACAGCUAGCGUCUGCAGCUGGAUUUAAUAACAGAGAACGUUGACAAUUAAAGCAGAUGUGAGCGCUGUGACUUUUCCAUAUGAGGUAAAGGGAGGGGGGGAAAAAACGGGGCGGUGUUAACCCACCGAAACCGACUGACUGACCCACACAGCGUGAAACGUGGUGGGGUGUGUGCAGCCUGGAGAGCGGUCCGACCUGCUAACGUUACUGUAGGUGUGGGGAAAGAGAGAAAAGAAAAAUAGAACCAGAGAUAAAGCCACAAAAUGGAGAACUCCAGCAGCAGCAAGCCGCUUGUGGUGACGUCAUCUCUGAACUUCAAAGUCACCACUCCGUCUUUCUACAACCAGCCCAAGAAGUUCGCCUCCGUGGCUCCGCCGAGGCCCAAAAGCCAGACCCCUCCUUUAGCUCCAUCACCGACACCCCUAGGGACCGCUGUCAUUGGCCGGGUUGGGGACCUGCCUCCACCACCCUCAUCGCUCUCUGAUGACUUCCCACCCCCUCCUCCUCCUCCUCCAGUGGAUGAUGAUCUGCCAGCCCCUCCCCCUGAAUGCAACAUCCCACCUUCUGCCUCUGAUGCCCCAGCUUUUCCUGCUCCACCUCCGGUGGCUGAUGACCUCCCCCUCCCAGCUCCCCCUGAGGAGGUUGCCUGUCCACCCAGCUGUCCCUCUCCCCCUCCACCCCCUCCACCUCCACCUCUUCCUGCCUCCAGUUCCAGUUUUCCAAAUGCUGCUGGGAACUCACUGAGACAAAUGGAGAAGCAGACGAGCUUUGACAAACAGCUCGAUUCUUUGACCGAUUUGUUGUCUGAGAUGGAAAACAGAGGACCUUUCAAUCCCAAGAUACCAAGUCAGUAUUCGUCUGCACCAGCACCCAAGCCUUCAGGUCCUCCUCCAACUGCUCCCAAACCGGCUCUUUCCUUCCUCCCACCGCCGGAGAUGGCGGACCGCCCCCCUCCUGCUCCCUGGGCCGAGGAACUCAAAGCCAGAACCAGCCCCAACGCUCAGCCGUUCACCAAGGCCCCCGCUGUGGCGCCGAAGUUCGGAGGCAGGAUGACGACGUCCUCUUCCUCGCUGGCCCAAAAGAUCAACCAGAACCUGAACCAAACGGCCACCGCAACGAACAGCGCGCCGAAACCUUCUCCUUCGACAGCCACCAGCUCGUUCCCUCCACCCCCAGCAGCGCCGCCCGCGCCUCCUGCUCCGACAAACAACAUGGCGGCUCCUCCAGCACCCGAGCACAUAAAGACUUCUCCGUUUGGGAGUCGGGUAAACGCGAACCAAAACCUUCCUGCUGCCGUGCCUCCUCCUCAGCCCAAGAUGAUGGCGUCUCCACCAUCCUCCUUCAGCCAGCCAAUGAAAACGAGCCCGGCGUCAACGCCAUCGCCUCCUGGCCCGGUGUCCGUUCCCGGCGGCGGCGUGCCUCUAAGCAUGAAGGAAGUGGAGGAGCUGGAGAAAAUGACCCAGGACUUCAUGAAAAACAUGGACAAACAAGCCCCCAUCAUCACCUCCCCUCCGACGGAGGUUUGCGGGAAGUGUGGCGAGGCUCUUUCACGUACGCAGCCAGCAGUGAGGGCCAUGGAUAAACUCUUCCACUCCAACUGCUUCUGCUGCAUGAGCUGCCAUCGCCCCCUGCAGGGCAUGCAGUUCUACGACAGGGACGGCUCGCCGCAAUGUGAAGAUUGUUAUGUGAGUUCCCUGGCCAUCUGCUGUCGAUGUGGGGAGAGGAUCACCGACCGCGUGCUGAAGGCCGUGGGACAGUCCUUCCAUGCCCACUGUUUCCGCUGCAGCACCUGCUCCUGCGUACUGGAGGGCGCGCCAUUCAUCACCGACGACAACAACAAUCCUUACUGCGUCCAGGAUUACCACAGGCGUUUCUCUCCUCUGUGCGUGAGCUGCAAUGAACCCAUUAUCCCGGCCCCGGGCAGCGAGGAAACGGUGCGAGUGGUGGCCCUGGACAAAAACUUCCACCUCAAGUGUUACCGCUGUGAGGACUGCGCUCGGCCCCUCUCCAUCGAGGCGGACGAAAACGGCUGUUACCCACUGGACGGCAAGAUCCUGUGCAUGAAGUGCCACACCAAGCGGGCCAAGCAGGCCGCGCAGUGAUCGGCCGCUGCUGCAUCUCUCAGUUAGACUAUGAAACCAAAUCCAAAAGCACAGGAUCAAUUCAGCCGCCGACUUGCCUUCGCAACUGGGCUUUGUGUAUUUUAUGUGCGCAGGUGUUUGUCUGUGAGAAUGUAUUGCAUCGAUUACAAAAGAAAAACAAAAGAGUAUGUUUGCAUGCAGGUUUAGUGUAGUGUUCUUCUCGAUCUUUGACCACUUUAUCCAGUGCAGAGGUAAUGUACUGCACUGAAUUUAAGCCCCUCGCAUAUAAAUGCAGAUCUGCAAAGCUCCAGUCAUCCAUCUAGCUUUUUAUCGUGUGUUUACUACAGCAUAGUUUAAUGUGCCAAAUCAAUGUUUACGCAACUAUUACAGCAGAACUUGCACAAGAGCCAUCUGAUAAAUCUAAGGUUGCCUUUCUCUGUCUCUUUCCUUAAAAAUUGUAAAUAAGACCAAGAACUGAGUUGUUUCCAUUUCUAGACCUUUGUCUGGUUUCUUUGCCUCUUCGCUUUCUUAACUAUGUGUUUGACGGCCGAUUCGUUAGAGAUGCACCGAUCAGAAAUUCGUGGCUGACUUCCAAUCUCCGGUUUUUGUGAACCUUUGCUGAUUUUUUUUUUUUUUUGUGUGACUCCAGGUCUUUUUAAGAGCUCCAAUGAACAGCAUUCAAAACAGUUUCAUCAAGCCUUCCUGCUGUGAUUGGUGGUAGUUGAUUUAGAUUUGUCACAGUCUCUGAUGGGGCUGUUGCUGGAAAACAGGACUGUAUGUACUUAAAAUAAAGGCAGGAUGAUUACAGUUCAAAGUAUCUUUAGUAUCUUAUGAAAGCGGUUAGCGCCGUUAGUAUGGUUACCUUUUACUGUCUCUUGAGGGUAGUCCCUAGAAAACCCAGAUCUUUAACUUCACUCUGGGAUUUUUAAACACCAGGACAGGGGCUGGAUGCUCAGAAGAAUAGAUUGAAGCAACUUUACUGUAACACAUUAAGGACUCCUGUUAUCUACUUAGGUUGGUUCUGUGUCAGAUUGACUUUGCCAAUUUGAUUAAAUGUUCCCAAGGCAAGAACAAAUUGACCUCCUGCGUCAGAAAGCGUUUUUUGUAUUUGAAAGCUGGGCCCGUCUUAACUUUCUCUUUGGUGCUUUUGUUUCCAUUUUAAAACACCUCACUGAUGCUGGACACACCAAAGGGGAUCAUUGUUACCGCCACCCGGCAGCGCUGUGGUGUGAUGCAUUCACUGAUCAGAAAAAAAGAUACGAUUUUUAUGGUCUCCAAGAGCCCUGACGAGCAGAAAAGAGGCCGGCCAAUUUCUCGGUGCAUCUCUAAGAUUUGUACUAUAGAGCAAGAGGCAUCAACAACAGGAUCCUUAAGACAUUGUCCUUGCAAAUGCGAUUAAUGAUGCUUUCCUGCAUAAAAAAAACCAAAACGCUUGCAUCAACUAAUUUACUCUGCUUACAGGAACUGAAAAGCGGGGAGUGUUGCUUUGAGCUUCUGCCGUGUGAAUUUCUCCGUUUUAAGGCAUGCGUUUGACCUGCGUCUCUGCUUUCUCUUUAGUUAACGACGCUGCUUAUAAGGGCAUAAUUACAGCACAUAUAUAUAGAUCAGAACCAGUGAGAGAGUAUUUUUAAAUGCAUGUUUUUUGAGGAACAAAUGGGCAAGCACAGAUUCCCUUAGCUGCAGGUCAGAUUUUUUUUUUUUUUAUAAAGCAGAUCGGUUAUGUCGGCAGUUUGGACGAGAACAAGGACCUGGAUGUUUUCUUGCACAGUGCCAUAGUGAACUUUAUGUUCUAGUUUCGCUUCGACUCAGAACAAUCCCUGCACAUAAUCAUUUUUAAAUGAAAAGACAAAUAGAUCUAUAGAAGUUUUAAUAGCAGGCAUUUCUAAAAAAACAAAAACUAAAAAA